AUGUCUACAAACCGAAAAGCAGCAUCGGCUGCUCAAAUACCGCCUGCUAGAACUCUAGUCGUUGAUAAUGGAGCCUACACCAUAAAGGCCGGGUUCUCGUCCCCAGAAUCCACGGAUUCGCCCCGAAUCAUACCCAAUUGCAUGGCCCGCGACCGCGAAAAGAAGGUUUAUAUUGGAUCGCAACUCGAAAAUUGUAAGGAUUUCGGCGACAUCGUUUUUCGUAGGCCCGUCGAGAAGGGGUACUUGGUGAACUGGGAGGCAGAAAAGGAAAUAUGGGAGCACGAAUUCUUCGACAAAAAAGCGCCACUGCAUUGCGAUCCACGAGAAACGGGAUUAAUAUUAACAGAGGCUCCUAAUGCGCUACCGGCUCUGCAGACAAAUUGUGAUCAAAUGGUGUUUGAGGAAUUUGGUUUUGCUAGCUACUACCGAUGCCCUGGUCCAAUUCUUAAUGCGUAUAAUGAUAUUCAAGCAUUAUUCAAAGGGCAAGCUCGAGAUCCACCGGAACCUCUUCUUCCUGCCGAAAUAAUCCUUCUCAUCGAUGCCGGAUAUUCUCACACGACAAUCACACCUGUUCUGCAGGGUCGCCCUUUACAAUCAGCGAUCCGAAGGUUAGAAGUGGGAGGCAAGCUUAUGACAAAUUACUUGACACGUUUAAUAUCUUUACGACAGUAUGACAUGCGUAAUGACACCUACUUGGUCAACGAGAUCAAGGAGGCAUGCUGUUAUGUAUCAAGGGAUUUCAAUGGCGAUAUGGAGAAAACAUGGAAAGGAACCAGAGGAGACCGAAGAGAAAUCUUCGAGACGGGUGGUGGAAUAGCGAAAGACUAUGUUCUCCCCGACUAUCAUAAUCGGUCUCAAGGUUUCGUGCGAGACCACGAUCCAUUACAAGCGGGCAAGUUGAAGCAAUUGACCAAGGGGAAACUGGCGGAAGCUGCGGAAGAUAUUUUGACUUUGAGAAACGAAAGAUUCACGGUCCCCGAAUUACUAUUCAAUCCCUCAGAUAUUGGUAUGCGACAAUCAGGCGUAGCUCAACUAGUGAUGGAAAGUCUUUCAUCUUUACCAAUGGGUCUAUGGCCAGCUCUUCUCGCAAAUGUCAUUGUUGUAGGUGGUAGCUCGAAGAUAGAAGGAUUUAUUCUAAGGCUUCAGCUUGAGAUCAAAGCUCUUGCACCGGCGGAGUGUUAUGUUCGUUGUGCGAGACCAGAACAUCCAAUUAUCAGCACUUGGAAUGGUGGAGCCGAAUUGGCGAAACAUCCCGAUCUCCUGAAGAAGCUAUCAGUAACGAAGCAAGAGUAUGACGAAUAUGGAAGUGCUUGGGUCGCAAAAAAGUUUGGAGGCAAGUAA